AUGCGCAUCCCUGCAAACGUUUCGACGGUUGAAGCCACAUCGGAUCCUCCCGAGAUGGCGUACUUUGCAUCAUUUGCCUCCCGCUCGGUUUUUGGCCCUUUCUUGCUGCGGCUGAGGACCCUGAUUGUGCUUCGGGCCCGAUCCGUCCAUAUGCUGCUCCUAUUGGGUCGAUCAUUUGGCCUGUCCCCUUCACCGUCACACAAUGCAUCGUGUCGGCCGGAAGCGUCAGAUCUUGACAUGUAUGCCGUGCUACACACGGAAGCAGAAACGCAAAAUUUGUCGUCGGACAAGACGGGAGAUGCAAUGACAUCUGGCAGUCUCGAGAAGACUUAUGGGUCAUCGACCACCAACCUUGAGGCGCAAGAAUUGCUCAAGGCUAGACCAGGGGGCAUUAUAUCCCCUAACCGGCAUUUGAAAUUCGAAUGUUUUGGCUACUUCGAGGAUAGUAACUCCAAUACAAUGGCAUUGCUGAAGAAGUGGGGCUUGAGCGGCGACGGCAAUGUCGUUGAGGCUCUUAGUGAUGGACCAUCGGCCAGCACCUCUAGUGUGGUCAAGCUUGUCCAGGAACGAAUGCCACCGCCCGAAGUUAUUGACUUCCUCGUACAGUACUUCGUCAGCGAUUUGAAUUGGAUGAAGCAGGUCGUCCAUGGGCCUAGCUUUUUGACGCUCUAUCACCAAUGGCGGGCCAAAAGUGACGGAUUAUCGGCAACUGAUUUGGAGCUUCUUGUACUAGUUUUACGAAUGUGCUCCUACGCGGCUCAGUUCCUCCCGUCACCAUCCUACACUAUUGAUAGUGUGCGCGGAGUGGCUCUUUCCGAGAUACGGAGUACCUGUAGUGACCUUGCGGACGGCCUUGCCAAAGAAUGUCUUACUAUCGGCAAGAGAGGAUCAUUAAUCCGCGUGCAGCAUGUUAUACUACAUGCACUAAAGCUACAGUGCGAGGGGCGAACCGACAAAUUUUGGGAAGGCAUUGCUCAUGCCAGCCACGCCGCUCAGAAGGCUGGUAUUCACACCAAUUCCACGAGUCCUGGGGACUAUGGUGAUACGAUAGUGGAGAAAGAAAUGCGCCAGAGAACUCUCUGCGUUCUCUAUGCCAUAGAUAGCCAACUGUCCAGGCAGCUUGAUCGGCUUCCAUUCUUACCAGACAACUUACUCUCAGAGAUAUCGCCUCAACUAAACCUUGAAAGCCGCCUUGGAGGAAUGGGCCUAGACCAUGAAGCGCCCAAUAUAUUUACGGAACGUCUAAUGCAGGCACAAUUAGGCAGGUUCUGGAGAAGCCUCCAGUUGACUUGGAGUUCACACGUGGUGUCUGACCCGGCUGAUGCUGAGCGAAGAUACGAGAAAUUUUGCGCCGAAUUUCUUUCUACCCUAUCACCGGCUUUUGCCCUGCAACCAGACACCAAAUGGGAUCGCCACAUUCCAGAAUUGGCUAUGCAGAGGCAAUUGCUAUACAUUGCCAUUUUCGAUUCCAUUUGCUGGAACUUCCGGCCUCUCAUGAUGCUCGAUUCAAGUCAUACCGCAACCUUUCCUCCCUAUAAGAAAGUGUUGCAUCAGUCGCAGAAAAGAAGGAUGGCGAUAGCGGCACUCAAGGUUUUAGAAGCUGUUUCGUCACUACACUCUCUGUUCUCUGGCUCUUACACACGCAUGUCCGCCAUUAUCUUUAACACUUUUGAGCCUACUGUUCUUCUAUUAUGUCUGACUUUGGAUGAUGAUUUUCCUUUCAAUCAAGAAGAUGACAGUUCGGACAUCCUUGGCCUGAGGAUGGAUAGACUGACCCGGCAUGAGACAAUACAAGCGGCCGAGAAAGCUCUUCACCGCCUUCAGAAGCUCGCUGAGGUUAGCGAACAGGCUUCUACCGGAGCCCAGAUUAUCGCACAGCUCCUAGCUAAGGCAGCCAACGAGAAUAAAGUUCUCGAAUCACCAUUUCCUCCAAAUCCGACUCGCCGCUCUCAAUGGUCACGCACGUUCUUAGGCCCGGGAGUCUAUGACAAUCCAGCAAGCUGGCAGUCGUCAAACCAGCCAAGUGAAGAGUCCAGCUCGAUGAGUAGAUCAAAUGCUGAGAUGAUGCAGGAAGAUUUGUCAUACAACGGGCUACAGAUAGACGAAUUAUUAUUUCCCAUUACUGAUAGCGAUGUUCAUAAUAUUUAG